AUGCUGCAGGAGUAUGAUGCUCUAAGAACUCAUUAUCUAAUCAAUGGGGUUGGACAAGAGGAGGAGGUGGAGGAGGAGGAGGAGAACAAAGUACUUAUGGUAUUCGGCAGUGAUGAAGUUGGUAAAAAGGGUUAUGUUAUUACUAAUGCAUGGGGUAUAAAGCCAGCUUUAAAGUUAUUCAAGGAGAAUGGGAUCUGCCAAUACAUGGUUAUUGCAAAUCCAGAAGGUGUCUGUGCAUUACCAACUGGUAAGACACCUGAAUAUUUUAUAAAGUGGACACAGAGGAUUGUCAAGGAAUGGGAUACUACUGAUAUCAAAGAGGAUCGUCGUAUGUACGGUUUGGAUGGAUAUGUAGCUCCACCCAGAUUUGAUAAACUAUGGUUUGUUAUGUUGGAUGAGUUUUACCCUAUGCAUCCGGAACACCAUAAUAGUUUCAAAUAUUAUGUAUCUAAUUAUUAUAUUAAUGGUCUUGGAUUUGAUCUGAGAGGUGCCUCUAUAUAG